AUGAAAAUUGUUAUUGUCCAGACUGUUGAUGCGGGGCCUCUUGUUGAACUUGUGGUGGUUGUUGGAAUGAAUAUUGCUGCGCCAUUUUUGGUUGGUAUUGCUGUGGAACUCCUUGUUGUGGUUGUUGCUGUUGUAAUGAUGAUUGUUCUGGGUUGUACUGCUGUGGUGCUUGUUGUUGUGGUACUUGCUGUUGGGGUUGCUGUUGGGGUUGCUGUUGUGGUUGAUACAUCUGUGGCUGUAUUUGUUGUGGUUGUUGCUGUGGCACUUCUUGCUGUACUAAUUGUUGUUGUGGUGGUUGCUGUGGCACUUCUUGCUGAAUUGGCGUCUGUUGUCCUAACUGAUUUUGAAGUUGCUGGGGAACCGUUUGUGAGGGUUCUUGCUGAUUUCCCGAGGGUGGCAUAUUACCAGCAUUCCCCAAAAGUAGCUGGGCAACAAUUCCUUUUAAAAGACCAUCAUUUCCAGCCAUAG